AGUUGCUGAAUGAGCCCAGCCUGACUGCAAACACUAACAUUGCUAGAGAUAUGCUUAAGAGUUGCAGGUGAAUCUGACCUGAACCUGAUAACAGCAAAACGAUAUGUGUCACAAAGAUGUCUACACGGAACUGCCAGGGAAUGGACUCAGUGAUCAAACCCCUAGAUACAAUUCCCGAGGACAAAAAAGUCAGAGUUCAGAGGACACAGAGCAGUUUUGAUCCAUUUGAGAAACCAACUAGUCAAGUGAAGAGGGUCCAUUCAGAGAAUAAUGCUUGCAUUAACUUCAAAACUUCAUCAGCAGGGAAAGAAUCUCCUAAAGUCAGACGACAUUCUAGUCCUAGCUCUCCUACAAGCCCCAAGUUUGGAAAAGCAGACUCUUAUGAAAAACUGGAAAAACUAGGGGAAGGAUCAUAUGCCACAGUGUACAAAGGGAAAAGCAAGGUAAAUGGGAAGUUGGUGGCACUGAAGGUGAUUAGGUUACAAGAGGAGGAAGGAACUCCAUUUACAGCUAUCAGGGAAGCUUCUCUUUUGAAAGGACUGAAACAUGCUAACAUUGUUCUGCUUCAUGACAUCAUUCACACCAAGGAGACAUUGACACUUGUGUUUGAAUAUGUGCACACUGAUUUAUGUCAGUACAUGGACAAACAUCCUGGAGGACUUCAUCCAGACAAUGUCAAGUUAUUUUUAUUUCAGUUGCUGCGAGGAUUGUCGUACAUCCACCAGCGUUACAUUUUGCACAGGGACCUGAAACCACAGAACCUUCUGAUCAGUGACACGGGGGAAUUAAAGCUGGCAGACUUUGGCCUUGCAAGAGCCAAAUCAGUCCCCAGCCACACAUACUCUAAUGAAGUGGUUACCCUGUGGUACAGACCUCCAGAUGUCCUUUUGGGCUCAACAGAAUACUCCACCUGCCUUGACAUGUGGGGAGUGGGCUGUAUCUUUGUAGAAAUGAUUCAAGGAGUUGCUGCUUUUCCUGGAAUGAAAGAUAUUCAAGACCAACUUGAAAGGAUAUUUCUGGUACUUGGAACACCAAAUGAAGAUACGUGGCCCGGAGUCCAUUCUUUACCCCAUUUCAAGCCGGAACGCUUUACACAGUACAGCUCUAAAAACCUUAGACAAGCAUGGAAUAAGCUAAGCUAUGUGAAUCAUGCAGAGGAUCUGGCCUCCAAACUACUUCAGUGUUUCCCAAAGAACAGAUUGUCAGCACAGGCAGCCCUGAGCCACGAAUAUUUCAGUGAUCUGCCCCCACGGCUAUGGGAGCUAACUGAUAUGUCUUCUAUUUUUACUGUACCGAAUGUAAGAUUACAAGCAGAAGUUGGAGAAAGCAUGAGACUCUUUGGGAAAAACAAUAGUUAUGGCAAAGGUCUAUCAAACAGCAAGCACUGAAGAGAACGCUUAGAUUUACUAUGGAGAAUGCAGGAUUACGCUCACCACUUUUCAGGAGGGAAACAAAACGUAAUGAGGGAAACAGUGAUUUGAAGGAACCAUGGCCCUGUCUCCUAUUUUCUCUCUGGUGGAGUUCAUUCAAAAGGAAAUUGAAGCUGGCCAGACCCAGUUUUCCCCUACAAUUUACUUACAACCUUGCACGCGUUUGGAUCCCUUGUGAUUUCAGAGAACUAUGUGAAGAUUUAGCUUUUGCUUACUGAUACAUGGGAUGUACUCUUUUCAGCCUUUUGUGUUUGAUUUUCCACUGCAGCACAGCAUCUUUGUAAAGAUUUUUAUGCUUUCACCAGCAAGGUCUUAAAUACAUUAAGACAACACAUUUGGUGUUCACACCUGUUCAGUAAUGUCUGUACAUAAAAGCCAACAGUGGCAUAAAAAUGUGUGGUUUCUUUGAGAGUUGAGCAUAAUUUUCAACCAGUAGUGAAGCUAUGUCUAGCUAGAGCAAGUCCAAGUCUUCAGAUUGAUUGACAAGUUCAUUACCUUGCCAUUUUUCCUGAAGUGCUUUUUUUUUACCUAUUCAGAAUGUUCAUAUCAAUUUUUUUUAAACCUGAAAAUAAUUUCAUGUUUAUUUAGAAACUCAAAAUGUGGCUAUUCUGAGUAGGCUGCAUAGCAUGCCACUUUUCAAAAUAGGCCUGCAAUGAAGAAAUAAUGACACGACAUCCUAUACUAACAGAUACAGUGAGGAAUUCUAUCCCCUUUGCUAAUAUAGAUUUUUAAAUACGUUUUAUAGGUCUUGGCUCCAUCUUUACUUACUCUUUCCACACCCUCUUUAACUUCUGGAAUAUUUUCUGAAAAGGAAAAACCAAAAGUGUGUGAAACAGAAUUGAGUUUAUUUUGACAUAUUCUAGGGUGCAGAAAUAGUAUUUGCUGAAUGAGCCACUAAAACAACCUUUGUUUUCCUUGUUAGAAAAUAAAAUGAAAAGCCACCCUGAUCUAAAAUGUUUGCUGUUCCACACCAAAGCACUUUCAGUUAUUUCUGUAGACUUUUAAUCUGAUUAGAGGAUGCCACUAUCUACCAUAUUUAAGUUGUUUUUGACUGUAUCACUCAAAUGCACAGUUGAUAAAUGGUGCGAUUAUAUCAUUUUAAACAAGGAGACCUCUCCUUCCUUGAUUGGGAAGGCAAAGCUUGAGCAGAGCUUGUGGAAUAUGAUCGCCCUAAUGUAUAAGGUAUAACAUUUUUUAAUUCAGAGAGACUGGGAAUGGUGGAAAUCCUGCUGUUGAGUUACAAUGGUGCUUGAACAGAAGGGCUUGUUAAGCUAUUUUAUUCGAAGUGUAAAGUUCCUCUGCUUCCUGGAUGCAUCAGCUGCCAGAAAAACACUUUGGUUUAGCAUUUAGUGUUUUGUUUGGAGGGAAGGGGGAACAGAGUUGGGUUUCUGCCUCUCUAUAAACUCUAGCCAUGUUUCUGUUGGGAACUAGGAAAGAACACCCAACAAGGCAAAUCCUGGUCUGUUCAAAAGCUACCAACAGAAGUUUCCUCUUACAAACUACAGUAAAUAUUGUUCUGUACUUUCAAACACAGUUAAGCUGUGAAAAUAUAUAUAAUAGUUGCAUAGUCAUUAAAACCAUAUGUCCCCUGUGGCAUCUCUGCUGUUUAGAAACUUGUAAAAAUUACAUGAAAGCUACAUAAAUCACAAUCCUAUUUUAAAACUUAUUUCAAAUUCACUCCCGUACUUACAAGGACAGGAGGGGGGGAAAUAAGCAGCAGGCCCACUGGAUUUUUCAAACUUAUCACAAUCUAAAAUUGCCUUAUGUCAUUAGAUUUGAAUUACAUAUUUUGUUUUAUUUUAGGAGAAAAAUCUUUGUACAUUAUCUUUGCUACUUAAAUCAUAUGCAAUUUGAUGUUUAAAAUUAGCUAUUUUUAAAAAAAUGUUUUACAUUAAUGCAAAACUGAAGAAAUUUUCAAAACUUAAAGGUUUCAAUUAGGAAAAUAAGGGUAGUUUCUUAGGCAUAUAUCUUUUAUGCUGACAUCUUAAGUAGGGAGUGUGAGCUAUUAUAGUGCUCAAUGAAACAUCUGGUGGUUCGCUAUAGAGAAUAAUACCCUAAAUGGUUUCCUUCAAAGGGACAUAAGUGUAGCACCUUACUUAUCCAUGGUAAAUCAAGCCUAGCAUUUGCUUAAGACAUGUGUAUGUCACUUUCUUCUCCCAUCCCUCCUUCCCCACUUUAAAAUAACCAUUGAAAUAGUUAAUGGUUAUGACCAAAAUGUUCAAAUGUUGAGUGACUGAAAUUGAAUAUGUGGAUUUAGAUUUAGGUGCCUACAUGGAAAAUAACUCAGGAGCUAAGUACCCCUGAAAUCCCAAUGGAAUUUUGGACACCCAGUAUUCCUGAAAAUCAGGUCACUGUCUUACACACCUAACUUCAAACAUGCAAGUUUGAACACGGUGGCCUGUGCUCAUUAGCAGAUUUCUUAUUCUCUUGAGGAAGUUCUGAAAUGUGAGAGUUUGUAUCUACAUGGAGGGGUUAACUUGUAUUCAGACAGCUGAGGAAGGUUAGUAAAGGCUUUGUAAAGAUCCACAAAGAUCCUCAAACCCACUCAACAGCAGGAAGGGCUCAGAGUUAUAGUGCAACCUCAAACAUCAGUCCAAGUGCCAAAAAUCUCCCUACUGCUCACUCUCCUUCCAGAGCAUACUCUUCUUAUCAAUUUGUCACCCUACAAAACACUGGAUCUGUCUUUGGAAAGCAAAACAGUCCCGCUACAGCAUCCUGAAACUGGGUGUUUCCUCCAUUGCUUCCUUAGGAAGGGCUGGCUGGCUGGCCAGUAUCCCUCCAAACACUCUCCAGGGGCCACUGCACAUGCCCACUGAUGAAUUCCAAGUCUAUAAGGGUUUUCAGGGAAGCUAGAGGAGGCAAAUUGGCUCUUGAUGAGAUGAACAGAAGCCAGGAAAGAAUCCUGCCUCCUUUCAGCCGCUGUAUUACAUUAGGUAGCACUUCACACUCCCAUGUACCAGGUUAGCUGCUGAAUAUUGAUCGAAACAGCCAUUAAUCCCUACAGCACAGACCUUUGGGAAGCUAUGGGACACUAUCUGCCCCUAGUCAAUAAAAUCAUGGCUGACAGCAGCAGUGGGAUACUUUCCCUUCUACCACCUUGCUGGCCCUUUGAAGAUGCUUUCUGAUACCAAGGGAAGGUGGUGAGUUUGCCUGAAGGAAGGGGGGCGAUAACCCAGGGGAGUGGAAUAGGGCCUAUAAAAAUGCAAAGGUAUAGCCUAGCUCCAUAAAGCCAUUAAUAGUAGGUGGAGGGAUAGGAAGGAUUUCUUGGAGUUCAGGUUCGCAGAACUUAGCAAUACAUGUUACCACUUCCUGCUGGCUUUGAUCUUCAGUCCUGCUGGGUUCAGUUCAUCUGUCCCACAUGAACUAUACCCAACAGGCAGCUGCAUGGUAGGGCCCCUUACAUCAGUACCCAGCUUUGGAAGGUGGGGCUUUUUGUUUUUUGUGGUUCUUUUUUUUCUUCGGAAAUAUUGUUUAGGAUAGCAAAUCUAUUCAUGCAGCACAUGAAGACUUUAACUGCAAUGUGUAGACAUUGGGGUCUAGUCUUACCUUUGGUGUGAGGGAGAGCUUUACACAGGGAAUUCCUGAUAAUGAUAAAGAAGUUAUAAUAAUCAAUUCCCCACUGAUUGGCGGGAGAAAUACACCUCAGUGUGUUCUUGAUAAGUGCACACAUGACUAAACAUGUUGUCAAUGCUCUGUGUCAUGCUUCUAUACAAAAUACUCAUCUGUGAAUAUUAUUGGUUUUGUAACCUUUGUUUAUAUAAAAUGAUGCUUAGGCUGUACAUACUUGGGAGCAAAAUACUGACAUCCCAUAUAAAUAGAAACAUGUUGUAUUGGCCACCUAUAACAAUAAUCUCCUCUUCCAACAUAUAGGUGGACGUAACUGUAUGUUACUGCCUUGCAUUUUUUUCACAUACACAAAAAUAAAAGGAUGCACUAAAAAUAUCCAACCCAAAAAAUGCAUUUUGACCGUGCUACAUACAAAAUCCCUACUCCCCAACUUCAGUUGGGCUUUUUGUAUGAUGCACUAAGAGGCAUUCUUUUUAACGGGGGUUUUUGGUACAUGAGAACAAUGUUAAUAUAAUUAAAUAUAUAUAUACUUCAGAACAGCAGCAUAGUACUCAGUACAGUAAAAUGAAUGUGACAUUUGUUACAAUUUGUAAUUUGUCUGUAUUAUGAAAGAUGUAAUGGUUUGUCAGCUGUAACUGUUUUCUUGUAACAUGAUACUGAAUAAAGUGUAGCAGAAUCUCUCUA